AUGCCACGAUCACGCAGCCCGCGCGAGGACCGCAGGACGCGGCCGCAAAGACGGCCACGUUUGCCGCACAGCUACGCUGAGCUGUGCCAUGCCAUUGGCCGGCCGCUGCCGCAGGCAGCGCCGGCAAGACUUGUAGUUGAGAUGGAGAGUGAGGCGUCACCGAAAGCCCCACGUCACGCAAGUCUGGACUCUGACGAAGAGACGAUCCUGGCGGAGAGCGAGGACGACUUGGGCUUCGUCACGUUGGAGAUCUCAAUCCCACGAGCCAAGCUGGAAGACCCGCACCGGAAGAUGAGCUUUGACAGCAGCCAGAGCGAAGCGCAGGCUUCGCAGUCAACGCUCGAGAUCUCGCGUGAGGAUUUCCCUUCGGCGGAUCUGCUUGGAGAGGCUGCCUGCGCAGAGUUUGCCAGCUGCUUGAAGGAGGACAGCGCUGUCCUUCCAUCCGCUGCGGAGCCGGGGCUUCAACCGGCGAGUCCAAAGAUUCACGAUGACGAUGGCUUUGGCACGGAGUUUGGGGUGAGCCCCCAGAAAGGAGAAGGAAACUCCGCCUGCAAGAUGAUCGGGGAGGACCCUGUCUCCAAACUGCGAGAUGAGGACACACAUGGCGACUGCGCCAUGAACCUGGCUUGCGAGUCCAGUGAGUUCCCCUGCGAGGCGUCGAUGAAAGUAGAAGCGCCAACCCAGGUGGGCGAGGUUAGUGGCUGCUUCGGGGCCUGUGUGGCCUGGCUGCGCAAGUCACUCCGCAGACUUGCACGCGAUGCGCAAAGCUCGCAAGCUGCCUACAAGUUCAGCUGCUGUUGA